GCAUUCUAAUUCACGUUUUCCAUAAAGAAACUUUAACUAGAGUUUUCCUAUUAUCUGUCAAUCGCAAGACAGAUGUGUCAAAAUUUUGAUAAAUAAAUUUUUGUAUCCCGUUUGAUUCAAAAUUUAAUGUAUAAAACACUAUUAAGCAAAAUAUAUACCAAUUAACAAUGGAAGUGAAUAGAUGUCCGUCAGAAGAAUUUUUAAGCCAAAUGCGUAGCUUGGUGAAACCAAUACUUUUUGUUGCCUUAGCAGUUGUUGCGUUGUAUGUACCACUGGGAGACCCACGGGAUAGGUGUUGUUCGUCGGAAACUGCUAAACAGCGGAUUCCAAACACUUCCUUAUGUCAACUAUACUUAGUAACAGUCAAAUUAUAUCAAAAGCUCAUGGAGUUUCUCGAAUUCGCAGUUACGAUGCUCAUAGACAUUCUUUACGAACUUAAGUUGAAGUUCUAUACUCUUCUCGGAAAACUGGACAGUAAAGACUUAUGUCGAUCCAUCUGUUGCUAUGAUAGUAAUACAUUGAUGUGCCUAAUGUUAUAGGACACAGAGGAGAAGGUGCCUAAAAAAGAAUCAAGACAUCGCAUGUGCAACUGCAUUCCAUCGAGAUGCAGCAAACGAAAAUCGCGUCAAAUUGUCAUUUAAAAUAUACAAAAAUGUUGUGUUUGUUCUAAAUUAUAUAAUUCAUAUGUAAUAAUUACUAAGGAAGCGAACUUGAAGUUACUAAAUAAAAAGUAACUUAAUUUACAAUAAGAUUUAACGAAAGCUGUCAAGUUUGUUCACUGUUUGUUUGUUCUGUCAACUUGUUUCUUUCAAGUAAGUCUCAAAAUCUUUGACGUCAGUCUCAUGUUCCCCUUCUGUAGUAUUAUUACCAUCAAUUAAUUACGGCAAAAAAUUGUAAUUAGGUAGUGGUGUAAAUAAAUUUGUUUUAUGAU